CCAGCAUGCCCUGCGCUUGUGUGACGUCAGAAUAACCGCGCGUGCGCACGCGCGAGAACCUGACAAGCUGAAACCUCCACAUGAAAUGAUCAGUUUCCUAAAUAACAACAUCUCUCGUUUCGUUACUAACGACUCUGACGUUAAAACAAUACUGCCAGAGACAGUCGGAGGGACAAGGGAUAGGCUGGACACACGGGGGAAUGAUGCAGAAGAGACGGAAUGCCGAUAUAGGCAAGCUACGACGGCCUCUCAAGAGGAAUAAAAUCACCGAGAGCAUCUAUGGCAGCACAACAUUCCUGUACCUGAAGUUCCUGUUGGUGUGGGGUCUGGUGAUGCUGGCAGACUUCAUCCUGGAGUUCCGCUUCGAGUACCUCUGGCCGUUCUGGCUGCUCCUGCGCAGCGUCUACGACUCCUUCAAGUACCAAGGACUGGCGUUUUCAGUAUUCUUCGUCUGUGUUGCCUUCACCUCGGACAUGAUCUGCCUGCUGUUCAUCCCUGUACACUGGCUGUUCUUUGCUGCCAGCACGUACGUCUGGGUACAGUACGUCUGGCACACAGAACGAGGGAUCUGUCUGCCGACGGUCUCGCUAUGGCUCUUGUUUGUCUACAUCGAGGCGUCGGUGAGAUUGAAGGACCUGGGAAAAGGAUUCCACGUAGAUCUGUGUCGACCAUUCGCAGCACAUUGUAUUGGCUAUCCAAUGGUCACACUUGGCUUCGGGGUCAAAAGCUACAUAUCAUAUCGGAUGAGACUCCGAAAGCAGAAAGACGUAGCGAAAGAAAACGAGUUUUACAUGCAGCUGUUGCAGCAAGCGCUACCGCCAGAGAUGCAGCAGAAAAAUAUUUAUUCUGGCAACGACACGAAAGCGUUGCCGGCGGCCAAAUCAGGCGAUGAAGUUGUUGCAAACGGCGGGCCAAAGAAACUUGCCGACAAGAAGCUGCCAAACGGCGACAUAGACGAGGAUGAGUUAGAAUACAUGGAGAACAGCCUCAAGCGCAGCAACCACAGCGACUACGGUGGCAGCAGAGAGAACUUAUCAGACGGGAAAAAUAAGUCUGGCAGUGGCAGCUCCACGCCGCAGAAUAAAGUGAAAAACGGGAGCGUGGUCAAGGACUCGACGUCCCAAGCGCAGAAGGCCAAAAAGAACGUAGGGAAGAGCGAUCAGAAGGGGGCAGACGUCACGGCCAGCUCCCUACAUGCAUCCGUGGAUAAAACAGCCAAACUGGAGAGUGAUAUGAAGAGGCUGAAGGCUGACCUGCAGGCGAGCCGUCAGAUGGAGCUGGACCUCCGCUCACACAUCAACUCCCUCAUGCAGGAGGACCGCAGCACCAAGUCAGAGCUCAGCCAGCUGCGCAUGGACAACGAGAGCCUACAGUCAAAGCUGCACAACUUGGUGACGGCGCGGCAGAAGGACAAGGAGAACCUCAUCGCCACCGAGAAGAAGCUCCGCGCCGAGCAGGAGAACAAGGCCGCGCUGGAGAAACAGCUCCGAGACGAGAGGAAGAAAAAACAGGCCGAGGAGAUGGCAGCGGCCCGGGCACUCGCUGCAGCGGCUGCAAACGCCUCCAGAGGAGAGUGCACGGAGAACUGUAAGCAGCGGCACCGCGAGCUGGAGUCAGAGGUGAAGAAGCUGCGGCGGGACCUGAAGCAGCGAGACGACCAGCUGGCCACCGCUGAGCUCGAGAAGAAGUCGCUGCGCAACAAGGAGUCUCAGCAGGACACAGAGGUUCUGAUGUCAGCGCUGAACGCCAUGCAGGACAAGAACACCCACCUGGAGUCCAGCCUGAGCGCCGAGACGCGCCUCAAACUCGACCUGUUCUCCGCACUCGGCGACGUCAAAAGGCAGCAGGAGAUCGCACAAGCCCAACUGCUACAGAAGGACCAGGAGGUGAAGGAGCUGAAGAUGAAGAUCGCCGAGCUGAUGGCUCUCACGCCGGCCAGCGCCGACUCCACCAUCACCGGCCUGGCUCCCUCCAGCUUCUCCCCGAAGUUCCGCCUGGGCCAGUCCGGCGGACCGCCCAGUCCGCAGCUCUCGCCCGGCGGCGUGCUCGGGCUGAGCGGGAACCAGCUGGGGAACUCGCUGGCUCAGCUCCACAGCCUCGGGACCUCCAGCCUGGACCCCAACGCUGCCAUCUACACGCCCAAGAACCAACACUAAGGACAGACACAUCCGGCGCCUUCGAAAGCCGGGCGGUCGAACCAGGUGCUGGUGACACAAAAUCUCCUGAAACAAAACUCCCUUUUCUCUCCUUCCCUUCAUUUUUCCUGCUUGCAGGCUGCUUGUACAUCUCUCAGAACCUUUGUUAUGUUUCUCCAUCAUUUCUUCUGUUUGCAAAUUGCUAUGUGAGCACGUUCUCACCAAGAAUCGCCAAGACUCCAUGGCAGCAUUAUUGGACAAAGCAAUAAAAAUACUACAAGGUUGUAAAGAAAGAAUUAAAGGAGGGACAACUUAAGCCAGUUGAAGUGAACAGAAUGUGUUGAGCACAAAAGUUACCCAGGAUGGUACAUGGAAAAACUGUCUUCUCACUGCUGGUCGGCAGGUACUUAAAGUUUAAAGAAGUCUUAUUUCUCUCGAAGGGCACCCAGCAUUUCUUGAGGAACUGUGGGGACUGUUUCUUAAGGCAUUUCGUUUAUGUGAAUCUCAGUGAAAGUUGUCGCGAUGCUCGCCCAAAGCGAUACAUUGCCUUUGUGAAGCCGUGCGGUAUAUAAUUUAUGGAAAAUAAUACUUUUUCUCAGAAGUUUUAAUAUUGUGUUUUGCAAGUCGUGCGUUGUAAGAAGAUUGGUGACAAAAUCUGUAAGUAAGACUGCUUAGCAAUAAUGUUAGUGGCGUCACAUAAGUGAAGUACUUUGUAUAUGGUGAGAGUUGAGAGAAGAAAUUGAAGUUAAACGUAUCCAAAUUUAUAUCUUCAGAAGUACUAAAGAGUAGAGAGUAUCUCAUUUAAAGUGUAUGUGUGUAUUGUCUUGAAUUUUGUACUCUAUAAAAGUAACGUGUUUGUAGAUGGUGGACUGAUUGCACAUUUAUUAAUUUUGUAGAUGCACCGGUAUGGUUAUUCCAACAUUGUCCACGUGCCUAUAGUACAACUGAGGAAAACAAGUAUUACAAACACUGGUUCCUCAGGGGAAUCUAUUCAACUCUUUUUUCAUAUCGUAAACCUUAACAGCUUGGCAGCAAGAACAGCAAGAAAGAAAUCGGCUGAAAACAUUUUUACAGAGUUGUGUUAGAGCAUAUCUUAUCUUUAAAUGCAGCCAUUUUUAAAUGCAAACUUGUUCAAGAAAAAGAAACUGCAAAGAAUUUGCCAAAAACAAAUACAGAAAGUCUUGUCAAUGCUAAUAUAAGCAAACAUAUUUUACAGCCUUGUGUCAGUCAUAUAUUUUCAAAUGGCAAGUCAUUCAAGUACUGCAAGGAGAUAAGAAAUUGCAGAGCUAUAACAAGUUUAAUGAAAACAUUUAAGAUUAUUAUCUACAUUAUGAACAUUAUUUUGCAGACUUUUGUUACAAACAGCUUUUGCAUCCAUUUUUUAAAACUAUAAGCCAUUCAAGAACAGGUAUAAGAACUAAAGAACAAUGUGCUUAAAGAGAACAACAAAGAAUUUGCUGACAACAGUCACCUUCUUGAUGCAGAUAAGAACAUAAAUUUGAAAACUCUAGCUUGAAGAUAUUCUACCUAAGUUUUGCAACAGAUUUUGAAGAACAGUGCGCUCCAGACUUACAGCAGUGGCAUUUAUUUCAUGUACCCAAUGCUGCAAUAUCCUUGUUUGACAAAUACAGCAUUCAUGACAACUGCUAGAAAGGCACUACUAAAAAGAAAGGCUGCUUUCCAAAAACUCUUGUUUAUCUUUGCUUUCGUGGCUAACAGAACAGGCCAUGUCAUUCUUAUAGAGGGUGCCAUUUUGUUUUGCUAGUUUUCCUCGUCCCCGCUAACAGUGACUCUCAAUGCUGGGCUUCCCCUUCUCGAACUUGUACUUAAGCCAUAAAUCCUUUGUCACCAGCACCUGGUACGACCGCACACACUCUUGUCAUAAAGAAAAACGUUGAACGGACUCUGGGUACUGAAUUCCUGAUAUCUAUAAAACCAGUAAGAGCAGCAGGAACAACAGCCUUGCAGCUGGGAGUGUGUAAGGACCCUGCUGUGCCGUAGCCGUGUGCGUAUGAGUUGCGUAUGGGUUCUCGGGCUCCCCUGCGGGCGGUGAUACCUGCCCGUACGGUGGGGUAUACUGUGUACUUGUGUGAUACGUACUAUACUGUGGGGAGGAGAGGGGUGGAACCAAACCGUCUCCUUUCUGUGAUAACUGUUUCAAUAAAUCUGCUUAUCCUGCAGCAUAAAACAA